AAGGGCGUCGCCUGUGUCAAAAAACUCAUUUUAACUUUAAAGAACUAAAGACUUGAAUAUGUCCACCAACACAAGCCCCAUCAGUAUCAACCUAAGGAGUAAUGUAAGAGCCAAGACCACCAACACAACCAACAACAACACGAAAAGUGAAAUGCUCCCGGAAGAAUCCUCAUCCAACUUGGCAAUCACACAAGACUUCCUUAUUGAGCAGAUCUCUAACCUCAAAGAAUAUUUCAAAAACGGACUAUUGCAACAAAAAAAUGAUAUCGUUGAACAACUAAGAACUGCAAUUAAAGUUUUAAGAGAUGAAAUUGAUGCAAUGAAAGAGAAAAAUCAAGAAAAAGAUAAAUUCAUGCUGGAAUUGGAAAAAGACGUGAUUAAUCUCCAACAGUACGUCCGACGGAACAAUGUUGAGGUUUGUGGUAUACCUAAUUCUAUUGACCAAGAUGAGCUUCAAGAUAAAGUCAUUGAGAUUGCUAAGGCUAUAGGUGUUGAAAUUUCUGAAAGCGAUGUUGAAGCAUGCCACCGCCUUUACGCUAGAGAAAACGAAACUAAGAAAACGAUUGUACGCUUCGUUAACAAAAAAAACUGCGACCUUUUACAUGCAAAUAAAUUCAAGUUAAAAGAUUCGAACUCGAAAACUAAAAAGAAAUUGCGAGAAAUUGGUCUGAAAGGAAAUAUUUUUAUUAAUUUUAACCUAUCCCCGUACAUGAAGUUCCUGUGGGGCAAAUGUAAGAGACUUCAUUCAAAGAAGAUGAUCAAUCGUUUUUGGGUUUUUAAUGGAAAUCUCUUCAUCGUUGUUGAAGAAAAUGAUCAGAAAAUUAAGAUAGAUCACUUUGAUAAACUUUCUGGCCUAUUUCCAACUUUCAACUUUAACGCUGAUGCCGAAUAAAUUUUUUCGAUUCUCCACGCUUACUAAUAUUUUUAGUAUAAUUACCAACUAGGAAAAUUUUUUGUUAGUACGAUCUAUAAUUGAUUUCUAAUAUGGCGGCGAAGAUGUGCUAAAAUUAGUCUGAUGCUCAUGCAGUAAUUUAUGUGAGUUCUUUGGCUUCCCUCUCAAACGCGCAAACUAAGAAUUAUGUCAUACUGCUUAUUGCAAUCGUUUGAUCUGAUAUAGGUGGCCAUCACCUACAUUAGUAUUUAUACUAUCUGAUGGUCUCCCCGUAGGUAUUUAUUUAAUGUAAAAUAUACAGUUAUCUAACACGAAAUAAAUACUACUACUACUACUACUCAGAGUAUAUUUAGCGUGCAACAAAUUGAUCUGCAAGGGAUAUGUUCUGCAAAUGUCUCUGCCUUUUUACACAUGUCUGAGUCAUGUUACUAUUAUCUAUUAGCUAAUUUUUUUGUUAUCGGUUAGGACGUCUUUUUAUUUUUGUUCUAGAUCUCGCCUCUUUCAAACAUGGCCUGCUCUCUGAUGUUUUGUUUUGUCGUGAAGCCACCUACUCUGCUAACACAAAAAAGAGCUACCGUAGUCAUCGCUCUGCAUAUUAUAAAUUUUGUAAACUCAUGCACCUCCCAAUUGUUCCUGCUAAUACAUCAAGUCUCUGUAUGUACGCUGCCUACCUUGCCCGCUUUCUCCUUCCGCAGUCAGUUUGUGUGUACCUCAAUUUUGUUGGACUUCUGCACCAGGAGAUGGGGUUCCAUAAUCCACUCUCUGAUAACUGGGUCCUUUUCUCUGUUCUGACUGGUAUGAAGCGGAUGCUUGGUGUUCCACCACAGCCCCGUCUUCCUAUUACCAUAAAUUUGCUUCUUGGUAUCCGGUCUCGUUUAAAUCUCAAUUCCAGUAAGCGUGCCUCUUUUUGGGCUAUUUGCCUUGUAUCCGUUUUUGGCCUAUUUCAGGCCUCGUCAGGAAGAAAAAUGCUAGCGUGCGAGCUUCGCACGUCAUGGUACUUCUUAAUAAUUUUGAGGCGUGCGUUGUUCGCAUGGCAUAAUUUUCAAUGGCGUGCGAUGGCGUGUGCUUAUUUUUGUUCCAUUGUUUUUUUCGAAUAAUCAUAGAACUCGCAUACAGCAACACUAAUUUUGCCAUGUUUUGAAAAGCUGGUAAUUUGUUGCGACAAAACUAAAAUGUGCGAUGCGUUCAUUAUUCAUUAUUUUUUUAAAAAAAAGUAUACGACGUAGCAACAGGAUGAAAAAAAAUUAUAAAACAUGCAAGUUACAGUCAUAAAACUCUUUCAGUUAAUAACUUUUUUGUAAAUAUUUUUUUAGAGGUAUAAAUAUUUUUUAUUUUUAUACUUUUCAAAAAAAUAUAUCAUUAAACAUUAAACUGUUUUUUUAUAAAAAAAUCCCUCACGUUAUUAUUGUUGCUUCGAUCUUAAAACAUUCCCCCCUAAACAAAACAAUAACAAGCUUUGUGACGUCCUGUUUCUAUGGCGAUGUUUUAAAACUAUACAGAUUGUUGUCUGAGUUGUAAAGCAAUGAUUGUUGAAAAAUAUUCAGAAAGCAAAGUCAGCAUGUGGCAAUUGAUCACCAUAACUAUAAUUAGAUAUCAUGCUGACUCUGUGCUUGCGAAAGAACAUGCUGGAAGUGAUUUCUGCGAAGAACAUGCUGGAAGUGGUUUCUGCGAAAGAACAUGCUGGAAGUGAUUUCAUAUAAUGAAAGUAGCGAAAGCAUUUAAAGAAGUAAAAGACAGCAAAGUUGAAAAUUUAUUUAUUAAUUUCAAAAGAGCAACUAAAUUAAAAAAAAAAAUAAAUGGUGAAUUAAAAUUAAUGUCUUUGUUUUUCUUUAAUACAACUCACGAGUAACAUGAUUUUUAAAGAUUUACUUGCGAGUAGUUUAAUUAUUGAUGACUCUUAUUUAUUUUACUCGCACUUGCAUUGUACUCUCACUCUGAAUUAUUUUACUCACAUUUAUUUGUACUCGUACUCUCAAAGAUGUGUAGCUUUACUCGCAAUCGGCACUUUAUAUUAUUCCCGUAGGCCUUCAUUGAACAGAACAUUAUUUAAUUUGGUGUGCGAUUAGCGCACGCCUGAGGUAUUUAGUGUUUUUUUUGGCGUGCGAAGAUCGCACAGGAACAUUCAAACAUGGCGUGUGUGGGCGUGUGCGCGUGCGAUCGCACGCCAUUCCUGACGAGGCCUGCUAUUUCGCAAGUCUCAUCUGCUACCUACAUUGUCAGCUGCCUUCAAUGCUCGCAUCAACUUUACUAGGUCUGAUUUUGUUUUAUCCCAUUCACAGUUGUUGAUACUAGUUCGCUGGAGUAAAAUCAUCCAGUUAGGACAGCGUACUAUUACUGUUCCACUGGUGGCUAUUCCAUCGUCACCUUUGUGCCCAGUUGCUGCUGUUGCUCACUCGUUUUUCUCUUACGCCUGAUGUACCACUAACUUUCAAGCAUUAUGCUGGCAUGACUCUGCCUCAUUCGCUACUAGUAUUUUUACCUAUCGAUCUUUUAUGGCCUGUAUUAAGAAAGUUUUGACAGAGCUUGGGGUUCCAGCCCACCUAUAUGGGACUCACUUAUUUCGACGGGGUGGUGCCACAUAUGCACUGGAAGUGGGGGUUCCACUGGAUUCCAUCCCCAUUCUUGCAGACUGGAAGUCAGAUUUUAUGUUUCUCUACCUACACAUGCCACUAUCUCAGUGCCUGUCCGCCCAGCGUAUCAUGGCAUUGCACCUUAACACACAUUCCUAAUUUACAAUUUAACAUACAUUUGGAUUUGGAUUUUCGCCUUACCUACUAUGUAUAUAUUUGUAAUAUAGACUUAGCUUUAUAUUAGCUACUUCGUCUUUAUAUAGUAAUAUGCUCACUCAUUUAUCGUUGUAUAUAUUUAGUUGUUUUUGUGUAUUCUCGCUGCUCUUUGUAUUUAUUUGUUGUUGUUUUUAGUAUUCUUGCUAAUAGAACUGUUCACUGCA